AUGGAUGUAUUUAUGAAAGGGCUUUCCAAGGCUAAAGAGGGAGUUGUGGCAGCAGCAGAAAAAACCAAACAGGGUGUGGCAGAAGCAGCAGGAAAGACGAAAGAGGGCGUUCUCUAUGUAGGUUCCAGGACUAGGGAUGGAGUUGUUCAUGGUGUCACAACAGUGGCUGAGAAAACCAAAGAACAAGUGUCUAAUGUCGGGGGAGCUGUGGUGACGGGAGUGACGGCAGUAGCGCAGAAGACAGUGGAAGGAGCAGGCAAUAUUGCUGCAGCCACUGGCUUAGUCAAGAAGGAUCCGUUGGCCAAACAGAAUGAAGAAGGAAUCUCGCAGGAAGGAAUGAUGGAUAAUACAGAUAUGCCAGUGGACCCAGAUAAUGAGGCGUAUGAAAUGCCUCCUGAGGAAGAGUAUCAAGAUUAUGAACCUGAAGCAUGA